AUGAUCGAGAAAAAAAGAGAUAAACUAUUUGGUGUGGCUACUUCAAUUGCAAAAGGUGCGGAAGUAGCUUCGAGUAUUGACUCUCUGAGGCCAGUGGUGACAAAUGGAAUUAAGAACGAAACAAGAGAAAACAAAAGUAGGUGGAGUGUGGAUUCUUUUGGAUCUUUAGAUAAUCAAGAAACUGAUUUAUCUUCCUUUGGAACUCCUAUAACUCAAAAAGGUGAGAAUAUUUUAAUUAAUCAUACAAAAGAGAGAAAGUUGAUUGUAUCAUCAAAUUGUAUUCAAUUAAUUCCCAAGUCAAAAUAUCUUUCUUUGAGUGAUACCAAUAAUAAGCCAUUAGAAGUAGAAAAGGAUGUACGAGAUUUCCAGAUCAAGGAGUAUAUGAUUGAUACAAUGCCCCCUGAAAAAGAUCAAAAUGACCUUUUAUCAAAACAAUCUAAUGAAAAUUUAAUUAAAGGUGAAAUUAGAGAUCUACCACUAGUGCCAAAUAUCCCAUUUUCUCUUUUUAUUUCCUAUUUCAGAGAACAGAGAAACCAGACUUGCAAGAAACUACUGUCAGUUUGGAGAGGGUACAAGACAAGGUCAAUAUUAAGAGGAAGUUUAAGAGGAUUACCCUUAUUGGAGGCUAAUGGUGAUGGAAUCGUUUUUCACACUAGAAAAGUCUAUUUGGGUUACACUAUCCACAAGAUUCUCUUGUCCAUAAUAGAUUUGUAUGAUUUAAUAUUGGAUGAGGAAUCUAGGGCAUCUCAAGGUUGUGUUGGAGGUGGUACCAAUUCUAGUUCUUGGUUGGAUGCAAUGUAUGAACAGGUUGGAGACUUCAAAAACAAGUAUAUUUCGGAAGUUAAUAGUGCUUUAAAGGAAGGUUCUGGAAGAAGAUGGGUUUCAGAUAUUGUUAACGCUAGGGAAGCAAAUAGAGGAGAUAUUUCAAGGAAACCAAGAGAAAGAAAGGGGUUACUUCCAAUGAGGUUCGAAAACAAAUAUAAAGAGAAGAUUCUGAGAAGCAAGUUACUUUUGAAGUCUAACAAAACUGUAAUUAGAAAAAACAACAUGGGAGAUCAGAAUAUCACAAAGGGGAGAGGGGCCAAUGAUAUAAAAAGUUUACUAGGAGGGAAGCAGGAACAUCUAAGCAAAGAUGAAGAGUAUAUUAAUGGCUUUAGUCAUAUUUAUCUUCCUUAUUGCUUAGUGAAAUCCAAUUCUUUGGAGGAGGUUUCUAGUUAUUUGGGUGUAAAGAUAGACCAAAUUACAGGUAUAAUCCAGGAAGAAUCUAUUUUAAACACUGGCAAUAGUAGCAGUAAUGCCAAUAAUUAUAAUAGCUUUGAAACAGAGAGUGGUUUUGAACUGACUCCAGGAUUAGGAAGAAGAAUGGGUGAGUUUACUAAUGAUAACACUCCAUUUUUAGAUAGGACAACUCCAAAUCCGUUGAGAGAACCCAACUUCAACAUGUACUUUACACCAAACAGUUUUGUUCAAGGCUCAUAUAAGGAUCAAGGACAGGAUCUUGCCGAAUAUUAUACUCCAGUUCAGGAGGAGUUUGGGGAUCCUAUGAUUGAAAAUUGUGAAUACGGAAAUGAACAUAUAGAGAAACAAGGAAUAACUCAGAAAUCCAUUAGUCAAAUUAAACCAAAACCAUAUUUAAAGAGGAAAAGCAAGAGUAUCUUGCCAUCAAGAGAGACUGAUAUAGAAUUGGACAAGGUAAAAUCAAAAGUUAAAGAGCUUUAUAAAGGUAAGAAUCUAAUUGAAAAGAAGAUUUCAAGAAAAGUCCCAGCUUCAGGUGGAUAUGAACUAUCGGGUUCUAGGAUCCCAAAUAUAUCUUCCACUCUAAAUAUAAUUUCAGUUUCAAAUUCUCCUUCUUCAAGGAAUUCUUCAUCAAAGGUUUCAAGAAUUCCAAAGUACACUACAGUUAGUUUAAAUAAUACGUUUAAAAACUCCCAGAAUAGUAAGGGAGUGGAUACUCCACAAAUAAUUAGAUCAAGAUAUAGUGAUUUUUAA